CCCUGGCGGCCGCUGCGAUGAAGCGCACCCGUGACGCUGUGCGUGCUGCAGUCGUGUGUUUGUUUCCACCACCGUCAGUAGCCCCAUCAUGGAGACUAAACCGGUUAUCACCUGCCUCAAGACCCUCCUCAUCGUCUAUUCCUUCGUAUUUUGGAUCACCGGCGCUAUCCUACUGGCAGUAGGAGUAUGGGGCAAGUUGAUGCUGGGCCCGUAUAUCUCACUCAUCGCCGACAACUCCACCAACGCUCCCUACGUGCUCAUUGGAACCGGAACCGUCAUAGUGGUUUUUGGCUUAUUCGGAUGUUUCGCCACAUGCCGAGGGAGUCCAUGGAUGCUGAAGCUGUAUGUCAUGUUUCUCUCGCUGGUCUUCCUUGCUGAAUUGGUGGCCGGGAUUAGCGGAUUUGUCUUUCGCCACGAGAUCAAGGGAACCUUCCAUAGGACAUACACCGAUGCCGUCCUCAACUAUAACUCUGAGGACGAAGCGAGCCGCGCUGUUGACAACCUGCAGCACAAACUGCGCUGCUGCGGCGUGUACAACUACACUAGUUGGUUUGGCAGCGUGUAUUAUCCAUCCAACGGCAUUCCCGCCAGCUGCUGCGUGAACUCCUUGGACUGCAACCCGGACGACCUCCGCAACGCAACUGUGGCCCCCAGCAAAGUUUAUCACCAGGGCUGCUACGAGCUGGUCACUUCUUUCAUGGAAACCAACAUGGCCAUCAUUGCAGGCGUCACCUUUGGAAUCGCUUUCUCACAGCUUAUCGGCAUGCUGCUGGCCUGCUGUCUGUCCAGGAUCAUCACAGCCAACCAGUAUGAGAUGGUGUAGUUGAUGUCACAUGGCAGUGAGAGGAAGAGAAGAUGAAGACACACAAGAAUACUUUCUUUCCUUAAAUCAUGUUAAAAGUGCUCAUUUUUGCCUCCGUCCGUCUCUCUGCCUGCAGCAUUUCCAUCAUGUAGGAUCACGUAAGCAUCAUUCCCACUCACCGCUGUGUGUGCCACACAACACAUUGUCACACUGGCACUUACUGCACUGAAGGCUCACUUUUUGCACACUUUUUGACACUGACGACCCAGUACUUUAAUAGAUGUAUGUAUUUGUGUUCAACAUCACCAUUAAUACGGGUACUGGACUAUAUUUUUAAGGAGACUAGAAUUAAACACAUCAAAUCUGCCACCAGACAGUAGGGGGUGCUGUUGCACUGUAGUCGCUCUUUUUUCCGCUCAAUUUCUGAAUAUUGUUGGGACGAUUCACAGGAAAUGUAGGACCACACCGAGACGAAAUGAUUACUGUGGUGAAGGGAAAAACUACUUCUGAAGCUUGUUGUCUCAUUUAGAAUAAGUGAAGUUGUUGGGGUUUUUUUUUUCAUUUCAACGUGGUGUUAUGUGAUACUUGCCUUUGUACUCUGUUUUAGAACUUAAUUUAAGACUAAAUUCUCUUAAAAUAUGAAUUAAUAUUAGCAUUUAUUCAUAGAAAAAUACGCAUUUUUCUUUCUCAUAAAAUUAUGAAAUUUUUCAUCUACAAAAAUUGAAUCCCAUUUUAUGAUUUUUACUGUUUUUCUCCUGCAACUUAAUGCAUGUGUUUUUUUUUCUCAUCUUCUGACUUUCUUUGAAAAUAAACAAAAAUCCUUAUAAUAUAGCAUCUUUAGUCGUUUUUAAAAAAUCUUACAGACAAAAAAUUUAAUUCUCGAAUAGUCAAUAUAAAAUUCUCACUUUGGUUGUGUAAAAUUCAGAUUUUCUUCCAGUAUCGUAGCUCUGUUCUUAUACAUGAUUGUAAAUUAGUCCUCGUGAACUAACACAUUUUUCUUUUUUUUCUUUUCUUUUUUUUAAAAAUAUUAUUCCUCUAAAAUUGAAGACCUUUUUGCUUGUAAUGUAACACUGCGUUUCAAUUGAACUUUGAUCCUCAGAGUGACAGUGUCAUGUGUGGUGCAUCAACAAGCCACAGCUUCCAUCAUCAUCAUCAUAUCUGUAGAUAUGUAUUGUAAAUGUAAUUUAUAAUAACAAUGCUGAUGUAAUGUUUAUUUCUAAUAUGCUAAUUGACUGUUUAAUCUGCUGUUUAGCCGUAAAGUAUUUGUUUGCUCUGACUAGUAACUAGUAGUGGCUGAUGUUCUGAUGUAGACUUUUAGUAGGCUUUGGUAUUACAGCUUCAACAAGUAUUUUUGUACCCCCUCUGACUUUCGGAUUCUUUUUUGAUUCUUUUAAGUUCUCAGUAAUCUUUUGACUGUAUUUUUCCUUGUUAUUCAGUGGCUCUUGUGUUCUAUUCAGUAUUUAAUGGUUGGUUGUUUUUUAAACUACUACUUGCUGUUGUACAUUAUUUCAAGUGUAUUUUGCUUUAUCUUGUACAUACUAAAAAAAACUGUAAUGCCAUCCAGCUUGCACACGGGGUCACCACGCGCACACUCAAAAACACCAUACUGUCUAAUAUUGACACCGUCACCAUCAGUGGUCUUAUUAUUAUCAAUAAACUGACAAAAUGGAACA